AAAAAAGGGUAAAAAGGUAAUAUAUUUUAGGGCUUAAAACAGGUAUUUUUUCCAAGAUGAAAGCUAUGAGUAAACUUAAACCAGAAAAUUGGCUAGUUUUAAAUCUACAGAAUGAACAAUGGAGCUUUUGUUUUAGCCACAUGAUGUCGCUGUCCACCAUAGAGUGUUCUCUAGGAAGAAAAAUACCCAGAGCCCCUUUGUUACUUCAGAGAAGCGGAAGAAUAAGAGAAGCAGCAGGAUUUUAACAGAGACUAGAAUGUUUAAUUUUUUUGCAAAACGUGCUCCUCUAAUUUGAUCCAAUUGUUGAGGAUUGAUAAUGGCGUCUUCUAUCAGACGGGGCCGAGAGGCCUGGACAUGGCUGCUCUCGCUUCUGCUCCUCGCAGCCUGGGAGGUGGGGAGCCGCCAGCUCCGCUACUCCGUCUCUGAGGAGGCCAAACACGGCACCUUCGUGGGCCGCAUCGCGCAGGACCUGGGGCUGGAGCUGGCGGAGCUGGUGCCGCGCCUGUUCCGGGUGGCGUCCAAAACACACGGAGACCUUCUGGAGGUAAAUCUGCAGAAUGGCAUUUUGUUUGUGAAUUCUCGGAUCGACCGCGAGGAGCUGUGUGGGCGGAGCGCGGAAUGUAGCAUCCACCUAGAGGUAAUCGUGGACAGGCCGCUGCAGGUUUUCCAUGUGGACGUGGAAGUGAAGGACAUUAACGACAACCCGCCAGUAUUUCCAAUGACAGUAAAGACUAUCCGGUUUCCCGAAUCGAGGCUGCUUAAUUCUCGGUUUCCUCUAGAGGGAGCAUCUGAUGCAGAUAUAGGAGUAAAUGCUCUUCUCUCCUACAAGCUCAGCUCCAGUGAGUUUUUCUUCCUAGAUGUACAGACAAAUGAUGAACUAAGCGAAUCUUUGUCUCUCGUGCUGGGGAAAUCGCUGGACAGAGAGGAAACUGCUGAGGUUAAUUUGUUACUGGUGGCUACUGAUGGGGGCAAACCUGAGCUCACCGGCACCGUUCAAAUACUUAUUAAGGUAUUAGAUGUAAAUGACAAUGAACCAACUUUUCCCCAAUCAGUUUACAAAGUAAAAUUGUUAGAGAAUACUGCAAAUGGGACCUUAGUGGUUAAAUUAAACGCUUCUGAUGCAGAUGAAGGAUCAAACAGCGAGAUUGUGUAUUCACUUGGUAGUGAUGUGUUCUCCACUAUACAGACUAAGUUUACCAUAGAUCCCAGCUCAGGGGAAAUCAGAACUAUGGGAAAAUUAGAUUAUGAAGAAGCAAAAUCCUACGAGAUUCAGGUCACUGCAACUGACAAAGGAACCCCUUCAAUGUCAGGACAUUGUAAAAUUUCAUUAAAACUUGUGGACAUCAAUGAUAACACACCAGAAGUCUCAAUAACGUCUCUCUCACUUCCCAUCUCAGAGAACGCUUCCCUGGGCACGGUCAUUGCUCUCAUCACGGUGUCGGAUCGCGACUCUGGUACUAAUGGACAUGUCACCUGCUCCCUGACGCCCCACGUCCCCUUCAAGCUGGUGCCCACCUUCAAGAAUUACUACUCGUUGGUGCUGGACAACUCCCUGGACCGCGAGAGCGUGUCAGCCUAUGAACUGGUGGUGACCGCACGGGACGGGGGCUCGCCUUCACUGUGGGCCACCGCCAGCUUAUCUGUCCAGGUGGCCGACGUGAACGACAACGCGCCGACGUUCACACAGCCUGAGUACACAGUGUUCGUGAAGGAGAACAACCCUCCGGGCUGCCACAUCUUCACGGUGUCAGCGUGGGAUGUGGACGCGCAGGAGAACGCGCUGGUGUCCUACUCGCUGGUGGAGCGGCGGGUGGGCGAGCGCGCGCUGUCGAGCUACGUGUCGGUGCACGCGGAGAGCGGCAAGGUGUACGCGCUGCAGCCGCUGGACCGCGAGGAACUGGAGCUGCUGCAGUUCCAGGUGAGCGCGCGGGAUGCGGGCGUGCCGUCUCUGAGCAGCAACGUGACUCUACAGGUGUUCGUGCUGGACGAGAACGAUAACGCGCCGGCACUGUUGGCGCCUAGGGCUGGCACCGCUGCUGGCGCGGUGAGUGAGCUGGUGCCGUGGUCGGUGGGUGCAGGGUACGUGGUGGCGAAGGUGCGUGCAGUGGACGCGGACUCAGGCUACAACGCCUGGCUUUCGUACGAGCUACAGCUGGGUACUGGCAGCGCUCGCAUCCCGUUCCGCGUGGGGCUGUACACGGGCGAGAUCAGCACGACACGUGCCCUCGACGAGACAGACUCGCCUCGCCACCGCCUACUUGUGAUGGUGAAGGACCACGGAGAGCCGACGUUGACGGCCACGGCCACCGUGCUGGUGUCGUUGGUGGAAAGUGGCCAGGCACCCAAAGCCUCGUCGCGGGCGUGGGUGGGCGCCGCGGGCUCAGAGGCUACGCUGGUGGAUGUCAACGUGUACUUGAUCAUCGCCAUCUGCGCGGUAUCCAGCCUGUUGGUGCUCACGGUGCUGCUGUACACGGCGCUGCGGUGCUCGAUGCCGCCCACUGAGGGUGCUCGUGUGCCAGGAAAGCCCACGCUGGUGUGCUCCAGCGCCGUGGGGAGCUGGUCUUACUCGCAGCAGAGGCGGCAGAGGGUGUGCUCUGGGGAGGACCCGCCCAAGACGGACCUCAUGGCCUUCAGCCCUAGCUUAUCUCAAGGUCCAGACUCCACAGAAGAGAGACAGCUCUCAGAAUCAGAAUACGUAGGAAAGGUGAGUCUUUUAAUUUUUCUUGCCAAUUCUAAAACUAUUCUUUUUAAAAAUUCUAUAUGAUUUCUACUAGUUAUUUAGAUUCAUAGUUCUUCAUUUAUUUUAUAUCAUCCUACUGUGC